AUCCUGCUCGCCGGAAUGCAGAUCAGCGCUAAAGACGUGCUGAUCCCAGACGAGGAGCUGGCCUCCCUGAGGGCCGUGGAGAAGCUGGAGGUCCUCUGUGAGGACGUCCUGCCCAAGAGGCUCUCGGAUAUUCGGCGUCUGACGGCGGAGCUCGCCCAGCGCCGGCAGCCUCUGAGCUGGCAGGACUUUGAGAGAACGGUGCUGACCCUGGUGUACGCCACUCAGACGCUGGCUCGGGGCAGCGGCCCGCAGCAGAGGGAGGCGUGGACGGACGCUGUGAUACAGCUGUUCAGAGCCGUUCAGAAAGACCUCAGACCCUCUUGAGGAAUCAGAGGAUGUGCAUUUUCCAAAAAACGUGGUGAUUUCAUUUGCUCAUGGUCGCCCAACAGUAGGCUUGUUGCCAUUACAGAUUUUGCGCAAAACUAAAGCGAUAUUUUUGAAAUAUCUAUAAAACACAAUUGCGAGUGAUGUGAUGUUAUGCGACUUCUACUGUCGCGAUAAAACUCCAAGAAGCACGAUGAUGGAUGUUUAAGUCAUCAGCAGGUUGAUUUCUAACGCAGCUGCCGCACUAGCGUUAUUAUUUCCAAUCGAAGGCGACGUAGGCGCGUUAUUUUAUCUUUUUGCACUAACAGGAAAUGAUGCAAUGCAUGUUCAGUUAAUCACAUACCAAACUUUGGAUUUUAUUAUUCACAAAAAGAAAGCAAAAUAUUUUUCAAAAGUUUUCUGCGAUCUUCCGAAAACCGUCUCGCCGCUAUCCACAGUGUACUCAAAGAGCUGUACGUUACUCUGGAGAAAGAUGGUUGAUUGUUGACCCAAAGCGUCGGUAUUUUGCGAUUUGGGAGUGAGACUCAACCAUCAACUCUCUUUCUCCAGAGCUGCAUGAAGCACCUUUAUUUUGCAGCGUCCCCUCCACUCCCUUUAUGCAAUGUUUGGUGGGACAAAUAUUCACCAGCAGCACUCUCAAAAAGUGCAUUCAGCAUCUGUCCCAAUACUCAAACGUGCUGUUUUGAGCACUGAAGUGCACAUUUGCAAACCUCCAAGUGGUAGACAAGUAGGUCCCAGGUCUGAAAAAUGACAGUUCACAGUACACUUAGUCGGCAUUUGAAGCUCACAAAUCCUUUUCCACUUUGAAGCUGUAUACUCAGAGCUUUCCCGACAAUAUUUACUGUGCCAGCCCAAGUUUUUUAGCUUGUUAUUUAUGUACAAACACUAUUAUGGCAGAACCUUUGUUGGUUAUCCAUGAGGGCUAAAAAUGUAUUCUUCAUGAUGAGACUAGAAUAUCUGACUGUAAAAAUAAACAUUACAUGUGACAUUGUUUUGUCAGUGAUGUAAGAUUUAAUCAGUGACAAACCAUUCAA